AUGCCAGCCCAAAUUUCAUUUGAUAAGGUAAAAGACCAUUCCCAUGCCAUUUCUUUUGCUAAUAAUUUAAAAAUUGCCCUUGCCAUCGAAUAUGCAACCAAGGAUUUGAAAUUAACCAUCAACGACGAUUCGAACAUCGCCCAAUUAGUUGUUUCUGACUCUUAUCAACUAUUCAACCCAAAUGCUAUCUUAAGAUAUGCUCUUAAUGAUUUUACUGACCAAGAAUCAGAAGCUAACCAAUUUGCUGUAACCAUUGUAGAAAAGGCAUUGAUCUCUUCUGAAACUUCAUCCAAAGAAGUCGUUACCAAGACUUUAGAACAAUAUUUACCAUACCCCAUUGAAGAGCCAGUUUCAGCAACCAAAUUAAUACUACUAGCAGACAUUCUUGCUUUGGAUCCAACAACUGUGAAAUCAAAAUUUACCGCUUUACCUGAAAAAAUCUUAAAGGCCAUUAUUGAAGCUGAAAAAGCUACUCCUCGUUCUCCAUCUAUGUUCAAAAAUACGGGUGCCGUUAACGUUGAACAAAAUUUCAAAGUGAAACAACAAGCACAAGAAAUUGUACCAGAGAAGGGUGAAAGAAAUAUCUUAAUCACCUCUGCAUUACCAUAUGUUAACAACGUUCCUCAUUUAGGUAAUAUCGUUGGUAGUGUCUUAUCGGCUGAUAUCUUUGCUCGUUAUUGUAAAACGAGAAAUUACAAUACUUUAUUUGUUUGUGGUACUGAUGAAUAUGGUACUGCUACUGAAACUAAAGCUUUGGAAGAAGGUUGUACUCCACGUGAAUUAUGUGAUAAGUACCAUAAAAUUCAUAGUGAUGUCUACAAAUGGUUCCAAAUUGGAUUCGAUUAUUUCGGUAGAACAACUACAGAGCAACAAACUGAAAUUGCUCAAGAUAUCUUCAAAAAAUUAGAUAAAAAUGGUUAUCUAGAAGAACAAUCUAUGAAACAAUUGUAUUGUCCUGUCCAUAAUUCCUACUUGGCUGAUAGAUACGUCGAAGGGGAAUGUCCAAAAUGUCAUUAUGAAGACGCAAGAGGUGAUCAAUGUGAUAAGUGUGGUGGUUUGUUAGAUCCUUUUGAAUUAAUUAACCCUCGUUGUAAAUUAGAUAACGCUACACCAAUUCCAAAAUUCUCAGAUCAUAUCUUUUUAUCAUUAGAUAAAUUAGAACCAAGCAUUGCCAAAUGGGUUGAAAAAUCUUCUGAAGAAGGACAAUGGUCAAAGAACUCUAAGACCAUUACCAAUUCUUGGUUAAAGGAUGGUUUGAAACCUCGUUGUAUCACGAGAGAUUUAGUUUGGGGUACACCAGUUCCAUUAGAAAAAUAUAAAGAUAAGGUUCUUUACGUUUGGUUCGAUGCCACUAUUGGUUACGUAUCUAUUACUGCUAACUACACUAAAAAAUGGGAACAAUGGUGGAAAGAUCCAGAAAAUGUUAAAUUAUACCAAUUUAUGGGUAAAGAUAAUGUUCCUUUCCAUACAGUCGUUUUCCCAGGUUCUCAACUAGGUACUGGUGACGAAUGGACUAUGUUACAUCAUUUGAAUACUACAGAAUACUUACAAUACGAAGGUGGUAAAUUCUCCAAGAGUAGAGGCGUUGGUGUCUUUGGUAAUAACGCUCAAGAUUCAGGUGUUUCUCCAAGUGUCUGGAGAUAUUAUUUGGCAUCUGUUAGACCUGAAUCAAGUGAUUCUCAUUUCUCAUGGGAUGAUUUUGUUGCAAGAAACAAUUCUGAACUGUUGGCUAACUUAGGUAAUUUUGUUAACAGAUUAAUCAAAUUCGUUAACGCUAAGUAUAACGGUGUUGUUCCAAAAUAUGAUCAUAAGCAAGUUCCAAACUACGAUGGCUUGAAGAAAGAUAUUGAUGUGAUAUUGAAGUCUUACGUUGAAAAGAUGGAAUAUGGUCAUGAAAGAAGUGGGUUAGAAUUAGCCAUGUCAUUAAGUGCACGUGGUAAUUUGUUUUUACAAGAAAAUAAACUAGAUAACAGUUUGUUCUCUCAAUUCCCAGCUAAAUCAGAUGCUGUUGUUGGUGUAGGUUUGAAUAUCAUCUAUACUGUUACUUCAUUGAUUUACCCAUUCAUGCCAGAAACUGCCGAAAAGAUUUAUAAGAUGUUGAAUGCUCCUGCUUUAAAGAUUGAUGAAGAAUUCCAUUUGGCUAUCUUGGAAGGUCACAAUAUUAAUAAAGCUGAAUAUUUAUUCCACCGUAUUGAUGAAAAACAAGUUGAACAAUGGAGAAAUUUGUACGGUGGUAAACAAGUUUAA